UCUUAUGCCUUCCUACACAGACAUAGACGUUAUUGUUUUCGGUUUGUGGGGGCUUUCCUUUAUUUUCUUGGAGCACACUAUGCAUUUGCAUGCACCUCGCCUGGAUUUCUGAAACCCCCACUUCUUCUCUACAACCCAAACCCAGAAUCUCAAUGCCCAGAACUUGACCCAUCUGGGUUUGGUCUCAAUUGACCCAGUUGUUGAAGUGGCUCAUGAUGCAAAUGAUUAGAACAGCACCCCAGUUCGAGUUUGAGCUCUGAAAUCAACUUGAUUAGCAUGAAAAGGGAAGCAAGAAGUGCAAAAGUGUCAGGGGUUAAGAGGAGUGGAGGGUAUGAUUUAAGAGGAUUGGGAAAGCUGAAAGGUGUCUAGUUCCCAAGAGACAGGGGGGAGGGGCCAUCCAAACUCGAUUUGCAUUGUAAUGUGUUGUGCGAUUAAACUAAUGGAGUUGAAGGGUUUUCACGUGCCAAUGGCGACCUUUGCGGCUAUUUCAAACUUUAUUCUUACUUUUUAGGCGGUGGGUUCAAUUCAUUGCGGCCACUGAGGCGAGGCGAGGCGAGGCGAGGCGGCUAGGGCGGGAGCUUGGCGAAUCUAGGGAAUCAUGUUCUUGUUUUCCCAACUUUGAAAAACAUUCACAAUCUAACAAUUUUGUCAAACUCAAUCACUUUUCUGUCCCCUCGCCUUUUCAAAUGGAUGGAAUGGAUCGUGGACCUUGUUGGCUGGGCCAAGCCUAACCCAUUAUCAUAUGGGCUGAUCGACACCAAAACCCAAACCGGCCCUUCUCGCUAGCCUACUGAUUAAUAAUAAGAAAAAGAAUUAUGUGGACUGUUAUGAUUUUUAUGGUCAAAUUGAUGAUCUGUUUGGCGCUGUGUCAGUUUUGUUGGCGGCGAAUGCGCAGACCAUCGUGGAGGGAGAGGGCGUUUCCAGUUGCCACGUUCGCCGGCGAUAUGACACACUUGAUCAGUAUUUUAAUUCUUCUUCUCAAAAUAUACGCUACUAAAUCCUGCUCCGGAAUUUCUCUCAAGACUCAGGAGCUGUAUGCCAUUGUUUUUCUGGCCCGGUAUUUGGAUCUAUUCACGGAUUUCAUAUCUAUCUAUAACACUGUGAUGAAGCUGAUUUUUAUAGCAAGCUCUCUGGCAAUUGUUUGGUGCAUGAGGCUGCAUCCAACCGUGAGGCGGUCAUAUGAUAAAGUUCUUGACACUUUUCGUCAUUAUUUUCUUGUUGCUGCAUGUUUCAUUCUCGCCCUUUUAGUGAACGAGAAGUUUGGGUUUCAAGAGAUCUUUUGGGCGUUUUCAAUAUACUUGGAGGCCGUAGCAAUUCUUCCUCAAUUAGUUUUAUUGCAACGAAGUGGGAAUGUGGACAAUUUAACCAGUCAUUAUGUCUUCUUUCUUGGAGCUUAUCGUGCACUCUACAUCCUCAACUGGAUCUACCGAUACUUCACAUACACACACUUCAAUCGGUGGAUAGCUUUCAUCGCUGGCCUGGUUCAGGCGGCUUUAUAUGCUGAUUUUUUUUACUACUACUACAUUAGCUGGAGAAACAAUGCGAAGCUUCGGUUGCCAGCUUGAUUAGAUCUGGGUUCAGGGUACGAUAUUAUGGAGCUUGAGAUCCAGCAAAGUUUUUACACGAUGGUAGGUAAACUUGGCCUGGGAGUAGGGAUGGAACACCUAACUUCAAUCAUCACAAACUCCUUCAUUUCCGUGUAGGGUACCACAGUGUAUCAUUGGACAACUCUCAUACUUUAAACUGCAGCCACCGCUUAUGAAAGCCAAAGAAGAAUCAGUAUGUCUGAUCUGAAGAUAAGGCUGAUUUAGGUGUAUCAGAGGAAGAACAUCUAAAGAUAAACGAAACCAGAGUCAUUUUGUGUUCUGAAAACAGAGUUUCUGUAAAAGACAACUUUGAAUUUUGAAAUGGUUGGAUGUACAGUGAAAUGGAAGGUUUGUUGAACUGAACUAAUGGUGAUGCCUACUAAGGAGGGCUAUUCUACUCCAUUUGAAUUUCCUUUUUUGCAGUUCAAGUUAGUGGUAUGGGAAGUGAAGGCUAUGAAUCGAGUCUUUUGAGGUGAAAGUUGUGAAGACCCCCACUGGUUAAAGCAAAGAGCAGACGCACUUGGGAUGGGAACGGGCCUUACCAAAGUGCGUUGCCAAUCCCCAAAAGCUUCACCGUUCUUCUCAAUUCAUGAUUGUAAGUAUGAAUCCCUUUUCAAGUUUUCAACCCCAGGCCAGUCCUUGCCUUGCUUUGAAUCCUGUUCCACUACUUUCAAAUUUCUGUCUUCUCUGUCAUUUUUUAACAACUAUUAGUUUGGAAUUGAGAAAAGGGUUCGACUAAAGAAGAAAAACCAGAAAAGCUAAACAGGGAAAGGCCAAAAAGAACCCAAUAUUAAAACUUUCGGCUUGUCUGUGUCUGCAUGUGAAUGUAAAUUGAUGUCACCGAUGGAUUGAAGCAUGCUUAGUGCCUUCAUUAUAAUCAUUAAAGGAUGUCUUAUUUAACUAUACAAAGAUUAGAAGGAAUAUUGUGGGA